GUGGGUGCGCGCAGGCGUGCCGGCAUCGCGUCCACAUUCAAAACUCACAGACGACAACCCUGACAGCCUGAAAGCCUCACAGCCCUGACGUCCCGGCUGGAGCCGGGCAUGGAGGCCUGCUGCAUCAGACCUGCCGAGGACCUCGUGGGCGACCAGAUAGUCCCCGGCGCUCCGCACGCUGCCGGACUAUUUGAUUCCUGGUUCCAGAUGCAGACAUCUGAGCUGGAGUCACUGCUUUGUAAGCAGGAGGGAGCUUCGCUGGCGCCGUCCCACAUGGAGCUAUUUGAUGGCGGCACGAGCUCGCGAGACGAUGCCUUCCUUCGUCCCGCUCUGUGGGAAGACAUCGCCUCCUCAAUCAGGAAUAUCGAUCCUGAAAACGCGAACAUGCUUGCUCCCCUCGGAGCCACACACGUUAAACUCGAGGCUGAGGAUGCACUUCUGGAGGAGUGCGUCACUCCUUUGCUCAGUCCCCUGGAGAUUAAGACGGAAAGGCUCUGCGCUCCGCCGACGUACGCGCAACCUCAGCCACCCCAGCAUCAACCCCAUCAGCAACCAGCUAGCUCAUUCUCAAAGUACCCACCGUCGAGGCUGAUUUACAUGUCUCCGUUGACUCCACCGGGAUCCGAUCAAGGCAGCCCAGGGAAUUCGAUGCAGAUCGCCUGUCCCUUACAGGGCGGGCCACGUAGGACGCCGCCACCGCCAUACCACGCGCCGCCACAUCCGCCACAGCCACCACCAUUGCUGCGAGCACCCCAUGCUCCGCAUCCACCACAACAUCCUUUGCCGCAAACUCAUCACCAUCCGCAACAGGCGAUGCAGCAACCACAGCAGCAGUUACAGAUGGCGCCACAACUGCCCCCGGUGCCUCAUCCUCCACCGCACUCACGACUCACCUCACUAUCCGUUAAAUACAACAGACGGAACAAUCCUGAACUAGAGAAAAGAAGAGUGCAUCACUGCGACUUUAUCGGUUGCACUAAAGUCUACACCAAAAGUUCUCAUCUGAAAGCCCAUCAGCGAAUACAUACAGGAGAGAAACCGUAUACUUGUCAAUGGCCUGAGUGCGAAUGGCGAUUCGCGAGGUCCGACGAGUUGACGCGCCAUUAUCGCAAACACACCGGCGCUAAGCCGUUCAAGUGUGCGGUCUGUGAGCGCUCUUUCGCCAGGUCCGACCAUCUAGCGUUGCACAUGAAGCGGCACCUGCCCAAGACGUCCAAAUGACAGAUGAGAAGAGGCGGGGAACCGUCCGCGCCUCAACCUGUACAUGAGGAAUGUAGCGAGAGCCUCUUUUUAGAGUGCGAUCUGGAGACAAACCUGAUGGACACAUUAUACAGCGUGCUUUGACUUUGAUGUCUCGCGAAUGUGUUACAAGUGAAGUCGACCCUCUAUAAUGUCAAAGCGAAGCUAAAAAUGAACAACUUUAUAAUUAUCAUACCCAUUAAAUAAAUAAAAAAACAUCACGAUAUAUCUACACAUAAUAUUUAGAUACGUUUUGUGAAUGUGUAGCGGGGAGUUAAUCCACAGUUAACCAUAUUGUAAAUUAUAAUAUAAAGUUUUAAAAUGAAAUCACAAUAGGUACAAUAUUUACCAAGGAAAUCGCUUUACAUAUCUACAUACUUAAUUAUUAUUGUAUAUUGUUAGUUCAGAGUAAUCUAUUAAACAACCCAAAAUAUUUUAUUAAUAAGUAUUUUAUAAAUAUUUAUGUACAUUUAAAAUGACAAUUAUUUUAGUGUAACGUUAUGUUUCGUGGACCCGCGCUCUUGUGUCGAUGAAAAUAUUAUCGAUAACAUUUUCUUUGUCACCUAUGAAGUAAAAAUAAAUAUACCGUAUACAAAAACGUCGAUAGAUUUUUUUAUAAUCGAUAAAUUUAAUUGAAUUUAAUCGACCCUAACUUUAAUUGAAUUUUUAGAGACAGUUUUUUAAUCAAUCAUGACUAAUCGUCCUAUAUUUUUUUU